UACGCAGUCACAUAGUGUAGGUCACACCACAGAGAGAGAGAGAGAGAGCUUGGAGACCAGCUGUACAGUAGUACAACUAGGAAGACAACAGUAGUACAGUAUUAGAAUACAGGCUGAGAGAAACAGGCACUCAGGGACAGAGACAGAGGCACAGAAACAUCCCAAAAAGCAAAGGAACCAAGGAGAGACGGAGGAAAUAAAAGAAGACAAGUCCUACYGUAGGUUUCUCUCAUACACCAUAACCAGGUGAGGAGUGAAGCCAGGUUGCCAGAUUGUGAAGAGGUAUCCCUCCUCCCUGUACAGUAUCUCUCCACAUCGUCCACUGGUCUCUCCUGGUGUAGCUGGAUCCUAGCCCACCAACAUGGCAACCCUGAAGGAGAAGAGGACGUGUGGCCAGCGGUGUGAGGACUUUGGUCGCUUCGUGUGGAACUCAGACACUGGGGCCGUGUUCGGAAGAACACCUGAGAAAUGGGUGUACAUCAGUCAGUACUAUGUAGCGUUCUAUGUGAUAAUGACUGGCCUGUUCUCCUCUGGCAUGACUCUGAUGUACACGCUGGACCCCUACACCCCAGACUAUCAGGACCGGUUAAAGUGUGUAGGGGUGAUGGUCUGGCCACCUACAUACAUUGAGGAGGAUGUAGUACUCAGCUACAACAUGUCUGAUAAAGCCAGCCAGAGGAAGAUGUCCAACUGCCUCAGCAACUUCCUCAAACCCUACAAUGACACGGCUCAACAGUCUAACUGUAACUGCACCCGGGGAGAGUACUUCAAACAAGAAGAGUUUGAGGCUCCACACCAUACCAAGUACUCCUGCKGCUUCACCCAGAGCAUGCUGGGACGCUGCUCCGGCCUGGACGACCCCACGUUCGGCUACAACGGCACCACGCCCUGCGUCAUCAUCAAGAUGAACAGGAUCAUCAACUUCCUGCCCAACAACGGGACUGGCAUGGCUCCUCAURUGAACUGCACUAUACUGAGUGGCCAUGAUAACAUAGACAUGAUCGAGUACUUCCCCACCAACGGAACCUUCGAUCUAUCCUACUUCCCAUACUACGGCAAGCUGGCUCAGCCCACCUACGUUAACCCUCUAGUGGCUGUGAAGUUCCACCUGGUCAAAGAGAGGGAGGCUAAGAUCCAGUGUCGUGUGGUGGCCCACAACAUCGCCUAUCAAGACUCAUACGAACCAUACCAGGGGAAGGUGGUCUUCCUGCUCCAGGCUCUGAAAUAAUAUAUUUUACUAGACAAGCCAACAAUCCAACCAUCUAGGUCCUAACCCUGGUCAGAGCACAUAGAGUUGGAUAGUGUUUCCUCAUCUUGUAUUAUGACUUUUGUACAGAAUGUGAAGUGCAGUUGAGGGCUUUCUCCAUUUUAAAGUAGUCUGUGGGAGAUAUCUUCACAAUUUCUUUAACAAGUAUUUCUUAACUCCAUGAAAUUCCCACCAGUUUGAGCCAUCUAUCCAAGUCUAUGAUCCCAACCAGGCAAUCUGGAAACGCAUGCUAAAGGAGUGGCACACUAACUCAUAUGUAAUACCAGCGGUUGGACAGACAAGCUUGUUCUCAUCAGGGUAUGAUGGUAAUUCAGUUACUGCAUCAAGGUCCUAGACGGUGUGGUUCUCCUUUUCUUUCUCCUAGUGUCCUACUCUGACAGCACCUCACCUGAACAGAUGUGUUUCUUUCACCUCCAGAUUUAAUCUGGAAACCCAACCAUCUCCGUCCGAAACAGUGGUUGUUUUGCUUCAUUUUACCACUCUCUUUUACACAGCUUCUUAGGAAGGGUCUGUGACGUAUGGUAAUGCUGCUGCUUGUACAACCAACGACAUUACUAUGCA